AUGAAUGUUUCCAGUCUUCACUCCAGCGUGCUCCACGGGGAGCCCGGAUCGCGGCGCUCCAGCAGCAGCACGAUGCUUGAAGGAGGCUCUUUGGGAAAAUUUGACUUCGAGGUGACGGACUUCUUCAUGUUCGGCUCUCCUCUGGGGCUGGUGCUCGCUCUGAGGAAGACUGUGAACGUGACAGCAAACCACCGAGUGAACGAUGCCGUGUUCACAGAGGACGGAGUUCAGAUGGUGAUGGGACGUUUCAUGUACGGCCCUCUGGACAUGGUCACCCUCACUGGAGAGAAGAUCGACAUCCACAUCAUGACCCAGCCUCCCUCUGGAGAGUGGGUGUACUUUAACACAGAGCUCACCAACAGCAGCGGACGCGUCUCUUAUGUAAUCCCAGAGAGCAGAAGGCUGGGCAUCGGGGUGUAUCCUGUCAAGAUGGUGGUCAGGGGUGACCACACAGUUGCAGACAGCUAUCUGUCUAUUGUACCACGAGGAACAGAGUUUGUUGUGUUCAGUAUUGACGGGUCGUUUGCUGCCAGUGUGUCUAUAAUGGGCAGCGAUCCAAAGGUUCGAGCUGGAGCUGUGGACGUGGUGAG